AUGUCAAGCACAUCGUCAACUAUCGAAUCUUCCUGGAGGAGGCCGUCCAGCGACAUGUGCGACCCCACGAAUAUCGUGUUUAUCGGGCUGCCGUUGCACCUCGAGACGUCAAACCUACUAGACUCUCCUGACAGUGACAAGACGGACAAGAUGGAAAUGGAAGAGACCAAUUCCGCGAAGAGAUUGCGAACAGAGGAUCCCAUGAGGGCGCACUACGACGGUAUCGGGGUGAAGCGCCGUGCCUCAAUGGGCCCUGAUAACAGCGUCCCACUUGCUUUCACAAUCCCAAGUGACUCACUGCGUCGCCGCGAUAGAAGCCAAAAAGUAUCGCCCGCAUCUCAACCAAGCGUCAUUCCUCAAGAAUCAUGGUCUCACAGUUUGGAUUCACACCUGCCAACGGAGAGCAUCGUCAGCAUAGGUUUGUCAUAUGGUCAAAUUCCUCCGGGCGAAUUGCCUCCGGGGGCCAUUUCGUCCGGCGGGAUUGAUGACAUCUGCAUCUCACCUCACAAUGGAUUGAUGUCACUGAACGCCUCACCUCGCGGCUCCUUUUCCGACGUAACCUAUCAACGGACCAUUAGCGAAAACGGGCCUCUCGCUUCUUCCCGCAAGCUCACGGAAGUGAGCAAGCCUGAUGAACACAAGAUCUUCGAGGGUUUCUUCAUGUGCGACUGUUGCCCGAAGAAGCCCAAGAAAUUCCAGUCGGCCGGGGAUUUAGCGUCUCAUGAAGCUGAGAAGCACCAUAAAUGCUCGUUCUGUGAGAGUCGAUUCAAGAACAAAAACGAGGCGGAACGCCAUCAAAACAGCCUUCAUAUUCGGCAAAAAAGCUGGAGUUGCCUGGCUUUGAAUGCUUAUGAUCGAGCCUUCCACAAGAGUAUCAAUCGCCCCGGUGCAGCAGACUUCUGUGGUUACUGCGGUGAGGAUUUUCCCAGAAACGGGAGUGACUCUGGUGAUUCCGCUUCGCGUCGAAUCACGGGCCAGGAGUGGGAAGAGCGCGUCCGCCAUCUUGAAGAGGUAUACAAGUUCCGAGAGUGCAACAAGAGCAAGACAUUCUUCCGCGCGGACCAUUUCCGUCAGCACCUUAGACACAGCCACGUAGGCACUAACGCCAGAUGGACGAACGUGCUGGAGAAUGCUUGCAUGUUGGAUGAGAAUACAACUCCGAGAUGA